CAAGCUUUCUUUUCUCAUGGGGAGUUUUGGCCUGUAGUGUAAAGAUGGUGUUGUGCUGCAAUGGCAAAAGGGUCUGGAUCAUGCUGGCGACCAUGGCGCUGGUGUGUGUGUCUGUUAUCGCGGGUCUGUGGGUGUACCAGCUCACUGGCUUCCCGGAACCCACCAACACGUGGGACCACUACCGGCUCCCCACCACCCUGGUGCCCGAGCGCUACGACGUGACGCUGUGGCCGCGGCUGGAUCCCGACGCCAACGGCGUGCACGUCUUCACGGGACACUCCACGGUCCGGUUUAGAAGCCUCCGUGACACCAACCUCAUCCUCCUCCACUGCAAACAGCUGGAGCUGUCCAAACUGGACAAGGAGGACCACCACGUCAGGCUCACCGCCCUCAGUGGCACGGCCCCUGCCAUCCGCAAGACCUGGCUCCACGAGCCCUGGCAGUACCUGGUGGUCCAGCUGAACGGGGUGGUCAAGGCUGGCCAGGAUUACGAAUUGUACACUGAGUUUUCGGGAGUGCUCUCCGAUGACCUGGAAGGGCUCUACAGGAGCGAGUACAAAGAGGAUGGGGUCACAAAGGUGGUGGCCACCAGUCAGAUGCACCCAACCCAUGCCAGGAAAACCUUCCCAUGCUUUGACGAGCCGGCCAUGAAAGCUGUCUUCCACAUCACAGUCCUUCACAAGCCAGGGACAGUGGCCCUGUCCAACGGCAUGGACAUAGCGACUGAGUCUACUACUGUUGAGGGCCAGGCUGUCACCAAGACCACCUUUGAGCCGACGGAGAAAAUGUCCACCUACUUGCUGGCACUGGUGGUCUGUGAUUUUGACGAUUUGGCAUCAACGGCUGGCAACACUUCGGUAAGGAUCUGGGCUCGUAAGAAUGCCAUCACUCAAGGCCAUGGAAGCUAUGCUCUGAAUGUGACAGUGCCUGUGCUCAACUUCUUUGAGGAGUAUUACAACAUACCCUACCCUCUCUCUAAAUCAGACCAGAUUGCCCUACCUGAUUUCUACUUUGGGGCAAUGGAGAACUGGGGUCUUGUCACCUACAGAGAAGCCAACCUACUCUACGAUCCAGAUGUAUCGUCGAAUAGGAACAAAGAAACAACAGCUACAAUCAUUGCUCAUGAACUGGCACACAUGUGGUUUGGAAACUUGGUGACCCUAAAAUGGUGGAAUGAGGUUUGGUUAAAUGAGGGCUUUGCUUCCUAUGUGUCUUACCUUGGGGCUGACAGGGCAGAACCUACUUGGAAUGUGAAAGACCUGAUUGUCCUGGAUGACGUGCACAGAGUGUUUGCAGUGGACGCCCUGGCCUCCUCUCAUCCCUUGUCCUCCAAAGAGGAGGAGAUCCAAAGACCUGAACAGAUCAGUGAGCUCUUUGAUGCCAUCUCCUACAGCAAGGGAGCCUCAGUGUUGCGGAUGCUGUCUGACUUCCUCACUGAGCCUGUGUUCCUCCGCGGUCUCAAAACAUAUCUGAAUGAAUUUGCCUACAGUAACACAGAAGGGUCAGACCUGUGGAAUCAUCUACAGCAGGCCGUUAAAGAGACUGGAACUGAUUUGCCAGCCACAGUCCAUGACAUCAUGAACCGCUGGGUCCUCCAGAUGGGCUUCCCUGUGGUCUCCAUAGAUACCGCCACUGGAACAGUAUCCCAGCAACACUUCCUGCUGGACCCCGACUCUGUUGUGGAGAGACCAUCUGAGUUCAAGUAUCAGUGGAUAGUUCCCAUAAAGUGGAUGAAGUCUGGAGGGAAUGAUGAACUCUACUGGCUCAUGCAGACAAAUGCUGGUCAUAGUGCAAUGCAAACAACUGGAGAUCAGUGGCUGUUGGCGAACAUUAAUGUGACUGGGUACUACAGAGUGAAUUAUGACACUGCAAACUGGGAUAAGCUUCUGAACCAGCUGCGCACGGAUCAUCAGGUUAUCCCUGUCAUCAACAGAGCACAACUGGUUGAUGAUGCUUUUAAUCUGGCAAGGGCUAAAAUAAUUCCAAUGAGUGCAGCUCUGAACACAACAAGAUACCUCAUUACUGAAAGGGAAUAUAUGCCAUGGCAGACAGCACUGAACAAUCUGGAUUACUUGUACCUCAUGUUUGGUGGAACAGAAGUGUAUGACUUGUUGCAGGGAUACCUAAAGAAACAAGUGGAGCCCCUGUAUACUUACUUCAAGGACCUCACUAUAGACUGGUCAGACAUACCGGAAGGCCACACCGAACAAUACAACCAGGUUAAUGCUGUACGAGUGGCCUGUAGCACUGGAGUUGAUGGGUGCCAGAAUCUCACCUUAACCUGGUACAGCCAGUGGAUGGCACAGCCUCAGAACAACACGAUCCACCCCAACCUCAGAGCGACAGUCUACUGUAGUGCCAUUGCCAGUGGAGGCGAGGACCAGUGGAACUUUGGCUGGAAGAUGUUCCAGAAUGCUUCUAUCGCCAUAGAGGCAAACAAACUCAUGGCAGCCCUGGCUUGCACUAAAGACGCUACACUUCUAAACCAAUAUUUGAACUACACGCUGGACUCCAGCAUGAUUCGAAAGCAAGAUGCUACUACUGUUAUCGUGGCUGUUGCCGGUAGUGUGCACGGGCAGACGUUGGCUUGGAACUUUGUGAGAGACAACUGGCGGCAAAUCACAGAAUAUGGAAGCGGGUCUUUUUCGUUCGCAAGUCUUAUAAGUGGUGUCACUGCAAGUUUCUCCACACAAGCAGAGCUGGAUGAGCUUGAGAAGUUUGUGACGGACAACUCAGACAUUGGGUUCGGGUCUGCCAACACUGCCCUGGAGCAGGCUCUGGAGAAGACUCGUGCCAACAUCAGAUGGGUGGCUGACUACCAGGACGAGAUCAGAGACUGGUUCAUCCAACACGCAUAAUCAACACUUCGCAAAUUAAAUGAACAUGUUUAUCUAAUUAUCCAGUUUAGGAAUUUGGCCACUGUUUCCACCUUAAAGAAAAUGGAUUUUUCUACCCACAUGCAUAGCACAAUUUAGCCAUUACAGACAAUAAAUCAACACAGAAUUGAAACAAAGAUGUCGAGUGUAAGGUGAUUUGUGGAAACGGGUGCGCACAUCCAAAAAUAUGUUUUUAAAGGUGCCAGACAAAACAAAGCAGAUGGUCUGCACACUGUAUUUGGGCUCCAAGAAAUGCUUUAUUUACUCUUAAAAGGCAAUGUUUUUAUCUCAACUAGUCUUCGUCGGGCAAAUAAGGCAUGGGGAAUUUGUUCAUCAGGCAUGUAUUUUUACGUUGCCUUUUUACUGUAGGGUGAUGUCCUGUGAAGCUUAAAGGUUGGAGUUGAUCCUCAUGAUUGAUAAGAGUUGCAUGUGUUGCGUAAAGAGAAUGUAUAAUACCCCCAACCCCACCCCCUCACACUCUUUCUCCUCUUUCACCUGGCUGCCAGAAGACACCCAGCUGAGUGUUAAAACCCUAAAGCCUCUCCAACUCUCAGCAGGUGUGCAAUUAGCACUUCACUGCUGUUGUGACGGCUGUGAGGCUGUAAACCAUUUCUCCCUGUCAUCAGGAAUGCCAAGGCCUCAUUGAAAAUGCUGUAAGAAUGCAAGAUUAAUGUGUGUAGCUUGAACAAAGCCUAGAAAUUUAGUGUUUCUACGGGCCUUCAUUUGAUGAUGAACAAAGUUUGACUGUAAUUUAACGAAGUAAAAUGAUCGAUUUGCUAAUGGGUACGACCAUAACCACAGAUAUGGACGUGUCACCUCAAUGCUUCCACAUGCCACACGAUAGCUAUAGUUGAUAGUGAACUUUCCAUGGUGAUAGACGAUGCACUUUGCCCAGCUUUAGGGCUCUAUAUGUUUAUACUGCUUUUUAUUCUUUCUGUGUUUUGGGUGUGAUUUCUGUCAUCAAAAGUGUAUCUCUGUACCUUUAAAGUCAUUUAUAAAUCUUGCAAUUAGCCAGUGUGUGAAUAAAAUGGGCA